UUAUAAUGGCURAAUUCAUUGAAAGUAACCGGGGAAAGUGUUUAUUAAUUUUUGAAAAUUAUAAGUUUUCAAAUACAAUCAUAAAUUGUAAAUUUUAAAGAAAAGCUGGCCGAAAAGUAAACGUUAAGUUUUGGCCGAAAAUAGUAGGGUAAGUGUUGGCCGAAAAGUGACUUUGGCCGAAAACGGUGACGCCCGUAAGAAGGUACCACCGAUGCCCAAGCUGACGGUAUCCACUAGACCGGGAACUGCUAAAACUGAUGUGGAGUAACGGGAUUGGCUCAAGGUCAUAUCAKCUCUACAAGACUAUUGCUGUGUAUGAAUUGUAUGUGUGCGAAUUGGAAAGUGGCGCCGACGAAGCCAAAUGGAAAAAGCUGACCCCCAUUCAGGCAUUUCCGUCGAGACACAACCUGUACGAAAUCACUGGUUUGAAAAGAGGAAUCGAAUAUUAUUUCGCGGUACGCUCGAUGGACGUACAUGAGAGACGUUGGCCCUUUGACUUCAUAUGUAUACGCCGUGAAAAACGGACAUGUGCACCAAAAACGAGACAUAAGAAAUUGCGCUUUUGCAGUAAUACGAGUACGUCAAGAAAUCCUGAUUGGCGAAUAAAACAAUUAAAUUAUCAUUAUGAUCAGCGUAAAUGGAAUUUUUUCGGAUGA